GGGGGGGUCAGGUCCUGCACAGGCUCCGCCGUACAGACGGUUCCCCGCCCUCCCUGCGCCUCCUGCCAGUGAGCAGUCGACGAGAGCUGGUCCGCGCUGGUCUACACUGCCAUCAGUUUCUCCCGGUCCGCGCUGGUCUUACGCCGCUGCCGGUUUCUCCUGGACGGGUCGGAGAGCGCUCAAAGCCAGUUGGAUUUGUCGCCGGAGCAACUCGGUCCCGCAGCCUUGGAAAGCCCAUUAAGUCCCGUCAGCCCGGAGAGAGAGAUGGAGAAAAUGGCCAGACCUCUCCCCAUAAACCCAACUUUCCUGCCGCCGACGCACGGCGUGCUGAAGUCGCUCCUGGAGAACCCGCUCAAGCUGCCCUUUCACCACGACCAAGGGUUCGGAAAAGACAAAGAGAAAGAGAAAAAGUUGGAAGAUGAGAGCAGCACGGCCAGCCAUCCGCAGUCCGCCUUCCUCGGGCCGACCCUGUGGGACAAGACCUUGCCUUACGACGGCAACAACUUCCAGCUGGAGUACAUGGACCUGGAGGAGUUCCUGUCGGAGAACGGCAUCCCUGCAAACCCACCUCAGAGCGACCAGAGGCCUCAGACGCCCCAGACGCCCCAGGCCCCUCUGCAGCAGCAGCAGCAGCCGCCGCCGCCUGCUCCCCCGACACCCUCUGUUGUUGACCUCAGCAGCAGAGCCACCACCUCGGUGCACACGGGCACGGUGCCCCAAAACUGCCACCACAGUCCCAGCAUGACAACGCUGCCCUCAGCCCGAGACACCCCGAGCCCCAUCGACCCAGAGUCCAUUCAGGUGCCGAUGAGUUACGAGCCCGACCCGGCUGACCUGGCGCUAUCCAGCGUGCCCGGCCAGGAAAUCUUUGACCCAAGAAAACGCAAAUUCUCGGCGGAGGAGCUGAAACCACAGCCCAUGAUCAAGAAAGCGCGCAAGGUUUUCAUCCCUGAAGACCUCAAGGAUGACAAGUACUGGGCCCGGCGCAGAAAGAACAAUGUGGCGGCCAAGAGGUCACGAGAUGCUCGGCGGCUGAAGGAAAACCAGAUCGCCAUCCGGGCCGGGUUUCUGGAGAAGGAGAACUGCGCGCUUCGCCUGGAGGUAGCAGACUUGAGGAAGGAGCUGGGCCGCUGCAAGAACGUUUUGGCUAAAUACGAGGCCCGGCACGGGCCCUUGUGAGCCCCCUCCUCUCCACGGAGACGUCCCUGCAGAACCCCCCCCUUUUAAUCCCACCUACCCGGCUCUACCAUGAGUUUGAAGGACAAUGUGUCUCUUUUGGUGGCAAUGACCCCCCCACCCCUACCUCCAACCAUGCCCCCAUCACCAUCUCUCGCUCUCCCUCACUCUGUUUCUCCAGCAGCAUCCUGUAUGAUUCUGGUAUUACAACAGUCAUCAUCACAUCACAAUUUUAUCAUGAGUGUCUGUCCAUCAGUACGUUAACCUGUAAACGUCAGUCGACACAUACACACGGAUACUCAACCCCUCCCCAACACACACACACACACACACACGUAUAUAUACAUGCAUUGCCCUCACCUAUAAAUGAGGAGUUUUAAUGAGCCAACCUAUCAGCUGAGUUCCUGCCCAGCCGCCCCUUUUUCCUUCAUCGGUUCAAGUUGCAGACGAUGCCAUGCUGUUCGUCACUGACUUUCGUAUCCCUUUUAUACGUAUGACGAGGACUGAGAACUGUAAUUGUACUAUUUGUGUUCCCACCAUUCCCUCCUGUGUGUUCAUCCAGCGCUGCGCCACCAUCUUGACUCUUCACUCCGCUUCCUCUUUACUCUAAGCGUCCCACAUGUGAAGAUUCUCUCUGUCCCGUGAUUUGUACUCUCGCCUUUCUUCUCAACAGAGGUAUGCUGCAUCUUCUUCUUUUGACAAUUUUUAAAAUCGGCGACGUUCAUGUUGUAUUUUAAUUGUUACUCCGUGGCUCCAUUUCCCCACAAACGUAGUGCUAAAAGACGAGGGACAUGAUCAGCGCAGGCCUCUAGCUUCAUACCUAGCAUCGCCAUGCUACUACUACUACUCCUAUUACUACUACUACUAUUUUUUGCUGCUCCCGUUAGGGGGCGCCACCGCGGAUCAUCCGUUUCCAUCUCUUCCUGCCCUCUGCAUCUUCCUCUGUCACACCAGCCACCUGCAUCCCAGAUAGCAGACACAUUUGGGCCUAAUCUGGGGCACUUUUGGUACUUAGGGCUCAGUUACGGCACUGGCAAGUCUUGUGUGGGCCAGACGUGGCCCAAAUGUAAUGAACCGGGCUUGACUUGGGAUACAGCACAUACUGUGUUGGCCAGAUGUGGCCAAAAUGUGGCUGAGUUGAGGCAGCCACACUCACCCUGAGUCAACGCCGUCAUUCAGGCCAAAUGUGGGCCGUAGGAGAACUGCAGAUGUGGGCCAUAUGUGGGCCAAAGAUCCUUUGCUAUCUGGGAUGCCCUCUCUCACCACAUCCAUACCUCUUCAGCCUUCCUCUUUCCUCUUCCCUGGCAGCUCCAUAUUAGCAUCUCCAUAUUAGCACUUAAUCAACCGUUCCUCUCUGAACGCAGAAUGGCAAGGCAGAAUUGUAUUGCCAUGGAAAGCCAACGUUUCCUGGACCAGUACCCUGACGAUAAGCAAUAACUACUGAAAGGAAGCAACUCUCAACUACCCCUUCGCACCCUGGUCGGCGGACCUCUGCCGGUCUUGAUGCGAGGCCAUGUAGGCACCCAAUAUGGCGGCCAUGUUCCCCUCCUGCUUUCACUGCUGUUCUCUCCCUCUCUCUCUCUGUCUCUCUGUCUCUCUCUCUCGCUCUCUCUCUCUCUCUCUCGCUGUCUCUCUCUCUGCACUAAUGCGUUUCCCACAAUCUGACCUGGUGCAAUUUUUCCACUUGCUCACUCAAAUCUACUCUGCCUGAUGUUUAUCUCUCUUUCUUUUUUUUAAUAUAAAUUGCUAUAAUUGUUAUUAUUAAUACUACUCUUGACAUCGGUAUUGUUUAUCUUUUAUCACCCUCCAUGUUUAAAUCAGAUUCCAGCAUGAUAUUUGUUUGUUUUGGGUUUUUUUUUCCAGAGAACACGUUAAAACUAAACCGUUUGCAAGUCAUCUGGCAAAGCUGUUGACCAUGUUGUUGUUUUCUGUUGUUGUUUUUCUCCUGCCCUUCUCUUAGCAUGGCUAACGUGUGUGUUUCUUUUAGAAAUCGAUACAGAUAUCUGCAGUCUCUAUUUGUAGCGAGAUGUGUGCUUUCUUUUGAGAUGGCUGUAUGAAUGUAAAAGAUGUUGACGGGGGAUAAAGGUUGGAUGGUGUUGUCCAAUACUGUGGUUCAUUAACCCAAUCAAUUUGUUUACGACAGACCAAACCAUUCAGAGCAGAGAUAUGAUAUAUUGGUUAUGAUAGAUGUUUAUAUAACGCUAUUCUAUAAGCUGUUCUUUUGUAAAGUGUUUUUCCUAUACAUAACUGUGUAUUUUAAAGGCACAACAGAUUCGGAGUAUCAUUAAAGAAUACAUCUAUAUUGCUUAAAGACAAA